AUGGCGCCUGUUGGACCCAUCGUUCAGCAAAAUGUCGCCCACAAAGUGAAGCGGCCUAUACCUCCUGGGAUUCAGACGAACGGCGCGAUAACACCCUCAAAAUCAUCUCCAUCUCCAUCAAUGUCCGCUAAGAAGCCACCGCACUCGGCCAGCGACAGGGCGAUCACUGCAUCAUCCGUCCGACCUGUCAACCGAGCCCGACGAGAAACAGCAUCGCAAAUGCAAGGCCGGCACUCUAGGAACAGUGCUGGUCUGCGGUCAGCGUCUAUGGUGGCGGAUCAAAUAGCCCACGACGCGGAACCUCGGCCAUAUGAUUCAUAUAUCUUGAACAAGUUCGCCGGUCAACCUCCUUCCCUAAUCAUCCAUUUACAUCCCACGCAUUUUCGAUUCGACAACCAGGAUGGCAUGUUCUCAUACAAAUCGCCUAUGAAAAUCUUCCUCGAACAUAUCAAAGCCCGGACUGUCCCACAUGACCUUCUACCAUACUUUAAUGAAGCUGGUGUGCCAUUUUACGAUGGGUGCCUCAUAGUUCAGAUCCACGAUCAUAAAUCUCUUGCCCAAGCCAAGGAUAUUGCCAAACCAAAAUCAGCAAAGGGAUCUGCGGUGUUAUCAUCCAUCCAUAACUACAAUCAAUGGCUUACACCGUCCCCUAAUGUUCCUUUUCCUCAGGAAAGCUCGUCCACUGCAGACGGGAAGGCGAAGGCGGGCAACACGGCAGAAAAGGAAAACUCCCCUAUGCCGCCACCGGAGGACCAAAAAGAAAAGUCUAAAAAGCCUGCUGUCUACACUAUCGUUCUCCAUCAAACACCGGAAAGCUUACAGACGGAUUUGUUCAUAAAAGCUUCUACCCCUCACGGAAUGAAUGACGUGUCAGGUCAACCACCUUCGACACCUAUGUCCCUGGUUCCACCAACACCAACUGCUGCCACCAUGCCACCACCGGCGAAGCGCCAGAAGCGCGAAAAGACAGAACUCGACGGUAGCAAUAUACACGAGGCAGAGGGUCAGAUUCUGUUGGCCACAAACGCGCCCUUAGUACUUCAGCCCACAAGGACAAUAGAAGAAAACAUCCUUCUGCUUGAAGCAAUGAGGCAUCCCAAGCACUCACAUGCCCCUCCACAGCCAAAGACUCGUAAGCGAACUCGUGCAGAGAUGGCCGCAUACGAAGCCCAGGCUGCAGGUGCAGAACGAUUCAUGCUUGUUGCGGACCCACGUGCAGCAUCCAGUGCGAACGGGGCCCAGAACGGUGGUACAGCGGACGUGGAUGCUUCAACUGGUGCAUCCACAUUUGAGCCAAGAUUUGAGCGCUUCAAGGUUCUCGACGAGAUCAAAGCGAAACACAACGAAAAGAAGGAGCAAGAGAAGGCCAAGCAGCAAGAGGCGGAUCGGAAGCUGCAGCAACAGAGAGCGCAAAUGCAGCAAGAGGCUGUUCAGAGCGCCCAGAAGCUAGCCCAGGAGGAUCGAAAUCGCCGCGAGGCUGCAGCGAGAGAGACCUCAAUGCGACAGGCCGAACAGCAACGACAGGCUCAAGCACAAGCACAGGCACAGGCUCAGGCACAGGCACAGGCACAGGCACAGGCUCAGGCACAGGCACAGGCUCAGGCUCAGGCUCAGGCUCAGGCACAACAAGCUCGUGCGCAAGCCGCAAACCAGACCAACCAGGCCAGUCAAAAUGGUCAGCGGCUCAACGGGAAUCAACAACACGCCCAUCCUCAGAAUCCCAUCACCAAUGGAGUCAAUAGUGCAAGUGCGGGAACGCCUCAAAUGGCCAACAACAUGCCUCCACAAGCGCAGCCUCGCUUUCAGGCUCAAAUCUCACAACCGCCAGCGUCUUCCCCAGUGGCUCGACAGGGCACCCCUCAGCACAUGUCAUCCCCAAUGGUGGGAAGCGUUCCUAUGCAACAGACCAACUCUGGCAUGGCGAACAGCCCUCCACGACCGUCUUCUGUUGUUCAGAACCCGGCCGCCAUGUCCGUUCCUAUGGCGCAUAACAUGUCUUCAAGGGGCAGUCAGCAGAGCCACCCGUCUGGUACCCCUAGAAUGCCUCAUUCAACGCCUAACAUGGCCCAAGGCACGCCUAUCAACAGGCCUGCUAUGAUAGCUACUCCCCGCAUGACGCAGGUCAGCCCUCCACCAGCUAUGAUGGCCCAGAACUCGCAGCCAGGCCAAGGCAUCAUGAUGAAUAACCAAGGCAUGAACCAGCAAAAUCCACAAUUUGCUCAGCAGCUGGCGCAGCAACGUGCCCUUCAGCAACAGCAGCAGCAGCAGCAGCAGUUGGCGGCAAUGCAAAAUAGCAUGAACAAUGGUAACGUGUCUCAGAUGACCCCACAGCAGCAACAACAAAUGAUGCAGAUUAUGCAGAGGCAACUCAUUGCCCAGCAGCAGGCUCAGCAGCAAGGCAAUAUGAUGAGCCCUCAGCAACAACAGCAGCAACAGCAGCAACUGCAGAUGGCUGCACAGUAUGCUCAGCAAAUGCAGAACAUGUCGGGCAACCAGAUGCGGCAAUUCCCACCGCAAAUGCAAGCACAGUUGCAACAAAUGAUGCGCAUGAACCAGAUGAAUGCCCAGAUGAGCAAUAGUCCGAUGCAGCGUCAAGUCAGCGAGCAGAUGAUGAAUGGAAACAACAUCAACAUGCAAGCUUUCCAAGCAAUGCAACAGGCCCAGCAGCAGCAGGCCCAACAACAGCAGGCCCAACAACAGCAGCAGCAACAGAACCAACACCAAAUGGGGCAGAUGGGACAACCAUCUAUCCAGGCCUCAAUUCAGCAGCAGGCCAGAAUAGCCUAUCAAAAGAUGCUGAACCAGGCAAUUAUCAAGCAUGGGUCUCCCGACAAAUUCCCGCCCGAUCUAAUGCAGAAGAUGAAGACUGCGAGUAUGAACCAAGCUACAAAUCUUGUCCAGCAAAGCUUCCAGCGGAGGCAGCAGGCCCAACAACAGCAAAUGCUGAUGCAUCAACAACAGCAGCAACAACAGCAUCAACAGCAACAACAAAUGCAGCAGAUGCAGCAACAGCAGAUGCAACAGCAACAGAUGCAGCAGCAGCAGCAACAGAUGCAGCAGCAGAUGCAGCAACAACAUAUGCAGCAGCAACAGCAGAUGCAAGGGAUGAAUGGCAUGAUGGGUGGCCAGGGGAUGUGA